UCACAUCACGCCGAGGGACUUUUCUGACAGGAAUCUUCGUCGCCUCAAACUUGUGGGAAUACUUAUCGUUUAAUUAUAAGUUUUGCUUCCAGUGUGUCUAUUUGAAUCUCAGCUGGAGUUUGUUUGGGCAGAGAGAGAGAGAGAGAGAGAGAGAGAGAGAGAGAGAGAGAGAGAGAGAGAGAGAGAGAGAGAGAGAGAGAGAGAGUAUUGUGCUAUUCAUAUCUUCCUCUUUAUUUUGGUCUCAGUACACUUUUCUUCAAUGACUUUCUAUUUCCAUACCAUCUCUGCAAACUCGUAUUGUACAAUGUUGUGUAUUCUGUAGUUACUUUCUGUGUUUUUAUCAUUUGAAUACGAUAAUCUUUUCUGCUUGUAUGUCUGUCUGUGUGUAUCAUCAUUUGUCUAAUUUAUCCUCCUCCUCCUCCUUUUCCUACUCCUCCUCCUCCUCCUCCUCCUCCUCUUUUGACAUGGCCUGUUGCAUGCGUGCUUGAGUCUGGGGUUGGUGAGAGUGUAUGAAUAAUGAGGAGAGGGAAAGUAUACGGCGGAAUGGAGGGAUGGAGUAGAAAGGAGGUGAAGGAGGGGAGAGUGAGACAGGAGGCGUGGCACUGUUUGAAUGGAGCAUAUUUUGUGAGGCUUAGGGGUACGAGAGAGAGAGAGAGAGAGAGAGAGAGAGAGAGAGAGAGAGAGAGAGAGAGAGAGAGAGAGAGAGAGAGAGAGAGAGAGAGAGAGAGAGAGAGAGAGAGAGUCUGAAUGCAAAAGAAGGAUUGGUUGUGUUGAAAAGGUUCCUGGUUUGUGUGUGUGUGUGUGUGUGUGUGUGUGUGUGUGUGUGUGUGUGUGUGUGUGUGUGUGUGUGUGUGUGUGGUAGACGUAUAUUGAAGGACAGUAUAAAUAGAAGCAUAUCUUUGGUACUUACUCGUAUUAUAUGAAAAGAGUGAAGGUGGUAGUGGUGGUGGUGGUGGUGAUGGUGGUGGUGAUGGUGGUAGUGUGAGUGGAAGUGGAGUUAGUGCCUGGCCAAUACCUACACCUCCACUUCUGCACCGGGUCUUCUCUCCACCUUCCCUCCACCUUUCUCUCCCCUCCUGGCCUGUGGUGUGUGGUGGCCGAGGCUUCCCGGCGGUGCACACUCCCGGUUCACUGCGAAGAAAGGAAUGAUGGUGACGAAAUGUGAUGGUGGCGGUAGUGAUUAGAUUUGUAUUUGUAUUUGUAAAAGAUUUUGUGCACUGUUGUUGUUUUCUGUGUCUUUGUCGUUAAAGUACAGUAACUUUUCCUGUUUGUUUGUUUGUGUGUCAGUAUCAUAAUUUGUCUUGCUUGUCCUCUUAAUUAACACAACACUCUUAUAAAAGUAUUUGAAGAUAUUUGUUUUUAUUUUGGUGUUGAUAUUAGUUACAUAGGCGAGUGUGAGCGGCAGCGAGGGAUGGACGUAGGGGCGUAUUAAUGAGCGGGGAACGGAAGGUGGAUGCGUGUGUGGAGGCGUGUUUGGAUGAUCAUUGGUGUGUGUUUCCCCUAGACUUGUCACCAUAGUAAUAUUUUAUAUGGGAAUUUUUAUAUUGGUCGAUAAAUUACGUACAGUUUAUUAAAAGAAAGUAACAAAUGUAUAUGAUUAAAGUCUUCACUGGGAUGUUUUAUAAGUUUUUAGGUGACCUCUGGGACGUAAGAGCGAUGUGGACGAGGAGUGGAGAAUGUCAUGAGGUGUUGUGAAUAAAACAAACACCAGCCGUCUGAGGUGAUCACGGUGGAUAUAGUGUUGUAUAGCGUGGGGCUGCGGUGUGUGGAUGUGGUGGCAGGAGCGUGAUAGAGGCGGGUGGUGAGGGUGGGGAGAGGGGCUGGAUGGGCUGGUGGGGCUGGGGCGCGAUGGGUGGCUCCUGUGUUGUGAACGGCUCACGUGGCAACUCUUUCCUCGCUCACGACGGCUGUUCACUGGAGUCUGUGAUCUUUGCUGUCAGUGGCAGUGCUCCCUCUGUAGCGUGGCGUGUCCCGGCAGGUGUGUUUCUCUGGCAUGGCAAGGGCGUGUCAGUGUUGGUGUCACGCCACAGAGAGUAUGAUGGCAGUGAGCGGCACACGAGAAGCUGUGGUGUGGAGGGGAGGCCACGUGUGAGCGAAACUUUACGUAAAGCUUCGCACGGCGUUCAGCUCAGCGUGCGGGAGGCGCCGCGUGUACCUGUCUUCUCAUCCAGUGGUGGACAGAAGGCGGUGGAGUUGACAUCGGGACUUCUCCGUCGGUGCCGCGAGUUUUAGCAAACUUGUUACCAUCCUGUGGUGGAAACUUUUUUGAGCCGUGUACAUCGUUGCUGGUCCGAUGAGCAAGCUGAAAGCUGGAGUGUCCGUGGGCUGAAGUGGAUGUUGCUCACCACGAGUGACGCCACGCACCAGUUGUAUAGUGAGGAACCACCACUUCCUCGCCACCCACUCCCCGCCAUGUCGGACUUCAUCGCCGAGGCCUUGGCGUGGCCUGGAGGGCCCCUGCCGCCGCCCCUGCCGCCGCCCAUCACUCUCGUGCCGGUCCAAGAGUCCACCCACUCUUCAUGGCGCCUCCCGAGGGGCGCGCGUGUGGUGCCUCGACCAUCGUUCCGAAAUGUACACGGUGCCACCUUCUCGUGUCGCACCAUCAGUGGUGUGCCGCGCCGUCGUAGGCCUGGCGUGGCGGCGGCAUGGGGCACAGUGGACCCCCUGGCUCCCAUAGGGACUGUAAAGAGUAGUGAACUGGGCCAGGAGCCGCCCCUUGUGACGCUCCAUGUCAACAACCAAAGCUGUGCUGCCUCGGGGUCUGAGGCUUUCUUCAACCUGAUGCAGCACGGCGGCCGGCGGGGCACUGCCAUAUCCCGCUCCUCCUCCUGCGUGUCUGCCUUCAGCCGCGGGUCGUACAACCUGCACGGCUACGGCCCGCCCACCCCGCCCGUGGUGUCCCCCACACACCUGUCUCUGGUGCGGCGCCCCAGCAAUGUGGUGCCUGGGCGGCGUGUUGGCCGGAGUUUCAGCACGGCGCCUGGGGACGGGUCAUGUUACGGGGCGGGGGGGCCUCGCGUAGCAGGGCGCCGGCCACCGAGGCAGCCAAUUUUCCCAGCGGUGCCUGAGCAGCACCUGUAUCACCAGAACCUGGUGCGUCACCAGCCCGCGGCGCUGCACAAGACUUUUACUCCUAUGGAACGAAGUGACGCGCUGGACAAUGACAAGCAGUGUGUGGCCCCGCGCGGGAACUCUCCCCGCCCUUGCCGCCGCGCAUCUCGUCCCCGCCGCUGGAGCCGCUGGGAUGGACGGCCCGCGACACAGACACCCCCGCGUGUGCGUGUGAGCCGUGUGGGCUGGGCGUGCUUGUUAGCCGCGCCUACAAGACGGUGUUCAGAGCAGCCUCCAACUGUAUGUUUCGUCGCUCCAAAGGGCAGUUUGACCUCAUGACGACGCCAGGUGAGUGUCCGCCGCUGUCUUCUCAUGCUGCAUCUCUCUCUCACUGGCUGCCUUUUCGUGUUGACCUUUGCCCUUUUGGCACCGGGGUCUGCUCGUCCUGUUGUUUCCUUUGUAUUAUAAUCA